AUGUCCAAAUUGCGAGCCGCAAGCUCUGUGCUGGUUCGUUCAACAGUUUGUCCGUUUCGUUCAUCCCGUCCUUACUGCGGCUUCAGCCAAUCAGAAAUCACAGCCGCACUUACCUUAAGCCCGGAAUCGCAAGCACGGAAACACGGGGUGCAACAGCAGCGACAAUGGAACCGUCUGAUCGUCAUAUCGGCAGCGGGGAAAGCAUCAAAGGCGAAGACUGCUUCGAGUGGAGGCUUCGGCGCGAAGACCAAGGCCGGUGUGAAAGCGGCGGCCGCGCCUAAAAUCGACGCGGCUGCUCUCCUAAGGCGCAGCGAACAACAGUACCACCAGCUCCUACGCGACUACCAUCAGCAAUACCAUUCCCAGUCGGAAAAUGCAGAAUCCUCCUCAGCAGAUUCCUUUCCGGAAUCCCCGGGUCUAAGGGAGUACGUCAUUUGUGUCAGGCGAAUGCACCAAUCAGGCGCCACGUCAGCGGGACCUGCUGCUGACGUGGCGCUCUCUGAUUGGCUGCCGGUAGUGGAGAUGAUCCUGGUUUCAGAUGAGGAAGCAGCGACGGCCAUGCCUAAAGUUCUGCCGCACGUGUGCAGGUUGAUAGCAGAGAGCGCAGGCUCGUUCGUCAGCUCAGUGCCACGUCACCUGCUGGAGUACGCCUAUGAAAGUGCAGAGAGCUUCUAUGACGAGGUGGUAACCGCCAUGCUCGGCACUUCACCCUCAUCGCCAACGGGGGGUGACAAUAAAGGGGCUGAGGAGCACUCCUGCCCGUACUCCAUCCUCGGCAUUGCCAAGAGCGCUGCUCCUUCCCAGAUUCGGGCGGCGUACCGUUCAUUGGCAGCCAGGCAUCAUCCAGACAGGCACAACACACAUGACGACAAGGCCUCUGCUGAGGCCCAGUUUAUGAAGAUUACAGAGGCUUAUGAGCGAAUCAAAAGGGGCGGCCACGUGUCUGUCGGUGCUUCUUCUGCUGGAACCUAUGCUUCCCUCGGAGGCGGCAAACGGGAGGGGCUAAGCCCAGCACUGCAAGUCCGACCGAGCCCACCAAAUGAGAAACUACCUCCUGGACAGUAUGAGAAAGUCGAGAAAAUCGGAGAAGGGACGUACGGUGUUGUCUACAAAGCGCGUGAUAGACUGACCAAUGAGACGAUAGCGCUGAAGAAGAUUCGUCUAGAAGCAGAAGACGAGGGUGUCCCAAGCACUGCUAUUAGAGAGAUUGCAUUGCUGAAGGAGAUGCAGCACGGGAAUAUUGUCAGGCUUCAAGAUGUGGUGCAUGCUGACCGAAGGUUGUACCUUGUCUUCGAGUACCUUGAUCUGGACCUCAAGAAGCAUCUUGAUACUAGUCCUCACAUUGCGCAGGACAGGAUGAUUAUCAAGUCGUACAUGUACCAGAUUCUUCAAGGAGUAGCAUACUGCCACGCUCACCGUGUUUUGCACCGGGACUUGAAGCCUCAGAACCUCCUCAUCGACCGUCAGACGAAUUCUUUGAAACUUGCUGAUUUCGGUCUUGCCAGGGCGUUCGGGAUUCCAGUGCGGACGUUCACGCACGAGGUCGUGACCCUGUGGUAUAGGGCCCCAGAAAUCCUUCUGGGUUCAAAUCACUACGGAACGCCUGUGGACAUCUGGUCUGUUGGUUGCAUCUUUGCGGAGAUGAUAAAUCAGCGCCCCCUAUUCCCAGGAGAUUCCGAAAUUGAUGAGCUGUUCAAAAUAUUCAGAUUGUUGGGAACGCCAAAUGAAGAUAAUUGGCCAGGGGUUUCACAACUUCCUGACUACAAAACAUCGUUUCCUCAAUGGACAGCCAAGGAUCAUCAGUCUAUUGUGCCAACAUUGGAAAAGAGCGGAAUAGAUCUUUUGUCGAAAAUGAUUUGUCUUGACCCAAGUAAGCGUGUCACUGCACGAGAAGCACUUGAGCACGAGUACUUCAGGGAUUUGUUAAAUCUGGCCGGUCGUUGA